AUGGGCUUUUCCUUGUAUUAUGUCUUGACUGGGCGUGGCGAGCGCAUCGACUUUGGUUGGUUCCUGAGUGAAACCUCGCCGUACAUGUGGGCCGCUUUGGGUGUGGGCCUAUCCGUGUCAUUGAGUGUGGUGGGGGCCGCCUUGGGCAUCUACACCACGGGCACUUCGAUCUUGGGCGGUGGUGUCAAAGCCCCUCGAAUCAAGACCAAGAACUUGAUCUCGGUCAUUUUCUGUCGCAGGGACAAGGUGCGAGGUCCUGAUAUUGCGGGUAAAUCCGCUGCAAAAAGGUGGAAGGCAAGGGAGAAUCCAGACUCUGGAUGCUAA